GCCUUUCGAACUUUUGUUCGAUUUAUGAAAGAAGAUAACGCAAAGCACCAUGACGAGAACGCAUCCGGCUAGGCUCCUUCUCCUACUGUCUGUAUUUCUUUGGAAAUCAUGUAGUUGUGUUUUCGCCUUGUCGACGCAUCGUCGAUUGGCAUGCAGUAGGCCGAGUAGUCCUCGAGCGGCGGCUGCCUAUCGGAAUCAUCUAGACGAUGAAUCGUUGGAUAUAGGUAGCUACAUCGCUACGUGUAUCCCAGGCUUGUCUGACGCGUUGAGUGACGAGUUACGCACUUUGGGAUGUCAAGAUGUUGAACGCAGUGCCUCCUCGGCGGUUCGAUUUAAUGCCAAUACGCAAACGGCACUCAAGGCCCUACUGUGGACACGGACAUCCCAUAAGGUUAUGGAAUUUCUGUGCGAGUCUCCGCCCACACUGAAAUCGCGAGAAGAUCUACACCGCUUUAUUUUGGACGCUGUUCCUGUUAAAGAACUAUUGGGGGAUGGACGCGGCGGAUUGUUGACUCUGUCGGUGGGUGUGAUCUUGAACAAUCCUUCGAAAAUACCGAAAGAUAUCAAUCAUUCACAUUAUUCGGCCCUGACGGUCAAGAAUGCCUUGUGCGACGCCGUUCGGGAACUGCGGGAUGAUCGACCUAAUGUGGAUUUGGAUGAUCCAGACGUCCCACUGACGGCUGUGUUGCUAGGAACUGACUCCGGAGCGCGAGUGUCUCUCUAUCGGCAACUGCACAACGGAUCGUUGCACAAACGAGGAUAUCGCAGUGGCGCUAUCCACAAGGCAGCCAUGAAGGAGUCACUGGCAGCGGGACUACUACUGACCGCUGGUUGGGACCAAAAGUGCCGCGAUGCACGUCGCGAAGAUGAUGCAGUUGUCCUUUUGGAUCCAAUGGCAGGGUCGGGCUCGCUGCUACUAGAAGGUGCAAUGAUGGCGGUGGACUUGGCUCCAGGGUUGAUGCGCAUCAAAUGCGGCCUGCCCGGGCACAGCAUGCCGCCAGUUGUUCGGUGGAAACACGAUGGCGAUAUGCGAGUAGUUGAUGAAUGGAAAGCACUCCUACUUGACGCCACGUCUCGGGCCAAGAGCGGAUUGCGGUGGAUGCAAUCUACAGAUACCGUUGAGAUUCUCGGAAACGAUAUACACGAUGGGGCUCUCAAUCUCUUUGAGAAUGCACUGGACGCUGCUGGACUACGCCGUUUAGUGCAACUUGAAGAGGGGGAUUGCUCAGAUUGGAAGCCGAAGCCAAAACGUGAGGGUACACCCUUCAUUGUAGUUUCCAACCCACCGUGGGGUGUGAGGCUCACCGAAGAUAUGUCGGAAUCUUGGGAAUCCAUGAGAAUAUUUUUGAGAGAGUGCUGUCCGUCUGGAACCGAAGCUUGGGUAUUGUCUGGAAACGCGGAGGCAACCAAGCAUCUUGGACUAAGGAGAAGUCAAAGCUUGGCGCUCAAGACGGGUGAUCAAGAUCUACGAUGGCUCCAGUACAUUCUUAGAGAUCGGAGUGAAAUACUUGCAGAAAUUGAAGAAAAGAAGUCGCGACGAAAGGAUUUGAAUCCAUACGCUUCAAAGCCAGCAAAACGAAUACAGGAUACCGGUCGCAAAAAUAGCAGCGUACCGAGCAAAGCAAAAGAGAAUUUCAAGCAAGCCGAAAGAAGACGACAGGCCGCCAUCGGCAAUGAGUGGAUGAUCGAUUAA